GACUGAACCAGUCCCUAAAAACCUAAAAACCACGCCAUCUGGGAAAGAAACAGAAGAAAGAAUGAGCGAGGGUUUUGAUCCGCCCAAAACCCUCGACCCCUCCCCGAUUUCUUGGAAUCCCCUCCUCCUCUGAGAUCUCCUCUCCGUCCCAAUGGCUUGCGCUCGACGGAGCCUCACUUCCAACUUCACCACCCACAUCAUCCGCCGCCUCCACCCCUCCUUCGCCCACAUCCUCCACGAAGAUCGCGAUGACGCCACCGCCGGACACCUCCAACGACCGCCUCUCCCUUCUUCCCCUCCAGCCUCCGCCUUCUCCCGAUCCGUCACCGGCUUCGGCGGCGGUUUUUUGCUCCGGGAUCCAAGAACCAUCGGAUUCUCCCUCCCGCUGGGCCUCGAGCCCUCCCUCCUCCGGAGCUACUCCUCGAGAGCCGAGGGAUCGAAUGAGGUCGAUUACAUCAAGGACGUCGCCGAGGUUCUCACGGACAACAGCGUCGAGACCGCCGCCGCCAUGGCUCCCGCCCCCUUCGCCGGCGAAGUGGCAGCCGCGGCCGCGGAUUCCUUCUUCCCCGUCGCUGCGCUGCAGUAUUUGAUCGAUGGUGUCCAUUCGUUUACCGGACUGAACUGGUGGGCGUCUAUUGCCUUGACGACUGUUUUGAUUCGAGGGGCUACGAUUCCGCUUCUGUUAAACCAGAUGAAGGCCACCGUGAAGCUUAAUACAAUGAGGCCGGAGUUGGAGCAGCUCAAGCAGCAAAUAAAUACUAUGGAUCCAGAAUCUGUGCAGGAAGGGCAGAAAAGGAUGAAUGCAUUGUUUCGAAAGCACGGGGUUACUCCAUUUACUCCAUUGAAGGGAAUGUUCAUCCAAGGACCCAUUUUUAUCAGCUUUUACUUGGCUAUUUCAAAUAUGGUUGAGAAAGUACCAUCUUUCAAAGGAGGUGGAGCAUUUUGGUUUACUGAUUUGACAACUCCUGAUCCUUUAUACAUGCUUCCAGUGUUAACAGCAUUAACCUUCUUGACAACUGUUGAGUUGAACAUGCAAGAAGGAAUGGAAGGAAAUCCUAUGGUGGGUACCAUGAAGAACUUCUCCAGAAUUCUUGCUCUGUUGACAGUUCCAUUUACAGCCAACUUUCCAAAGGCCAUUUUUUGCUACUGGAUCACAUCAAACCUUUUCUCCCUCAUUUAUGGACUUGAUAAUUUUAAGCAUAACCUGAUGGAAAACUAUAUUGCUAACAGUAAUUAAACGCCCUCCAGUAAGGAGAUAUCUGAAUCUUCCUGACAUAGUUCCUCAGCCUAACCCUGCACCACAGCCGAGUUUUUCUUUCUUUGGGGGGUCCAAGGCAGUUGCACCAGCAGCUUCUCCACUGCCAACUAAGGAGUCUGAGCGACCCAAGCCUCCAGAGAGAAGGAUAUCGUCAUCUGCUGUCAUCAGUCAACGGAUUAGAAAUCUAGAGAAAACUGUGAAAGCUAGAAGUAAGCCGAAGAAAAGGUGAGGAGUUUUGCAGGACAUCUAGGGUUUCAUUUUAAGGAGCGAAUGAGGAAAAAGGAUCAACUUUUCACUCUUCAAAAUGCAAAAAUAAAUCCAGAAUGGAGGAGUUAUAUUAAGCUAUUAUAUAUGAUGCAAUUUAUUUAUGUUAAAUGACAUAAAUGCCAAUUUUUUGGGAAAAAUUAUUUACUGUCAAUGUUGACAUGUAAGAUAGAAUUCAGAAUACAGUUAUAAUAGGGGUAGGUUAUGGCUUGAGGUUUGAGCCACAGUAAGGAAAUUUUCUCUUUCUUCCCAUUUCAAUUUAGCAGUUCAGUGCAGUCGACCAUGGGCCAAAUUUGGUUCGUGAUUGACCUUGUGGUCCUGGUACCGGCUGAUCUCUUGUAAGCUUAUCCAAUCAUAACAUACUUUGUUGAUGAAAAUGGAAAGCCUUUACCAACAGCUCAGCCAUCGUUUGGAGAUUAUUACCCACCAAACAACAUGAUGGUGUUUGAUGGAAGAGAGAAGUGGAAAGUUUCACAUCAUAGAAAAACUACGAUUCUGCUUGCCAUGUAUAUCAGCACAUGUCAUGAAGCAACAUCUUUUCAUUUAUUUGUUCAAGUUAUUUCUCCAGUGGGUUUUGUUUGACUUGGUCUGGAUGAUGUACUCUGAAAUUUAGAAAUUGAUUUGAGCAUACCGUAAACCAGAUGAGUUAACUGCCCGAAUUUAUUCCAUUAAUGAAUUAUUGUGCUGUAA